GAUGGAGCAUUUUAGAGGUUAAAGCCAAUCUACUGUUCAUCAAACAGGGAGAUGGUCCUCAAAGGGCUCACAAUCUAAAAAGAAUGCCCCUUCCAAGGCCUCGUGCUGCAGGGAGGGCUGUUUGUCCCAGCCCUGCCUAUGCAUGAGCCCCAGAAGUCCUCUGAUUUGCCAGGUACCCUUAGGGGGCGGGGCUUAGGUUGCAGCUACUGUUGCUCCCCGCCCCAAACAAUCAGUCGGGGCCUGGCUUUCCAUAUCAGCGGAGCUCUUCACUGUAGCUCCGCUGUUAGGACUCUGGGCUGAUCGGGCUCGGCAGCAGCAGCUCGAGCAGCGGCGGCUCCUGAGGGAGCAUUUGGGGCUGACAUCAGAGCCAGCCAGUGAUCAAGGAGCGGCUCCGGCAGUGGCGCAGUGGUGCCAGCAGUGGUUUGGGGGCUCUUUUGGGGGGUGGCACCUGGCCAGGCCUAGCUCGUUGUGGGCGUGGGGGCCUUUGCGUGGCCUAGUUUGUGGCGGCUGUGUGGCGCAUCGGCCUGAUUUGGGCUGGGUGGCUGAAAAGCCGAAAGGCUUCCAGCAGAGGCCACACGGCCUAAGUUCGGGCCUUAUUAAAUUCUGGGCCUGACCUGGCCCUCUCUCGGGGCCCUCUCUUCUCAGUGGGUACUGGGCCUGGGGUUCAGGCCAGUGUCUAUAUUAGUGGCUACCAGAUAGUUGGGGCCUGUUGGCCUUGUGGUGUGGCGGCUCUUCAAGGAGCGGGGUGAUCCCACCUUGGGGACUUUAUCUGUUGUACAUUGGCAUUCUAGUUAUCAAACAUGCCUCCCAAGAAGGCCCGGGGCAAGACUGGUGGUCAGCCAACUAGGCCCCCUCGCCAACCCGUUCCCCAGCCUUCUUCCUCUGACGAAGAUGAUGUGGAUAUGGCCCAAAUUAGGGGCUUUAUCCAGCGGAUGGUGGCACUGGAGCAGGCCAAGAAGGAUCCCUCAGAUAAUGGGGCGGGUCCAUCCGGGGUGCCCUCCAGGCCUGGUAAGCGGACCAGAGGGGCUGUUAAAGUGCAGCUGCUGAAGUCUCUGUCUGACAGGCUUACAUCUCUGGAAAGUAGAGCAGCGCCUGUCAAGCCGGUCGAUGGAGGGGAUCCUUCCCGUUUGGAGCCCAGCAGUCCGGCUGGUCCUGUGCCAGUGGAAAUGCCAACACGAGUCCAAUCAGUGCUUGUGGAUCCCAGUGGAGGGAGCGAUUCCAUGCCAGGUGGACAGAUUCAGGGACCUGGCACCCGAAACUUUGGCAGAACCAGAGCCCAUGCCAGAAGCCCUGUGGCAGCUUGGCAAGUGAAGACCCAGCAGGCCAUUGAAGCCUCAUUGGCGCCCAGUAUUAGGGUUGGCUAUUUCACCAAGGUGGCUGCGUUUGCUGUUUUCAGAAAAGGCAAGGGCCUCCCAGAGGUUUGGCCUGUUCCUCCUGCACAUAUAAUGCAGUUCUUGGUUCAUUUACAUGAGGCAGGUAGGGUGGUUUCAACAUUAGCAGGGUAUGUGUCCGCUUUGUUCUUUACGGCCCAAGCCAUGGGGGUUGCUGAUAGCACCGGGGACUGCCGGGUAUGCCGUAUGCUAGAGUGUUGGGCCAGGGGGCUACCCAAAUGCGUGGAUCAGAGGCAACCUCUGACCUUUGAGUUGGUGACUACGAUGGUAGACAGGUUGCAAGGGGCCUGUAGUUCAGAAUGGGAGGUGAUCCUUUUUAGGGCGGCCACGUUGGUCUCAUUUGGGGGGGCUUUUCGGCCUAGCAAAGUUUUGCCUCGCAGCGGGAGGGCGUCACGAGAGAGGUGGCUGCAGUUUCAGGAUUUGCUUCUUAAAGAUGCUGAGGCACCGCUACUCCUGCGAUCUUCUAAAGCAGAUCAGAGAGCUAAGGGACAGGUGGUGGUGUUGUCCGCUGCCAGUGAUCCGGGUGUGUGCCCUGUGGCCAUGUUGUGGCGUUAUCUGGCCUUGCAACCCUACACUGAGGGCUGCCUUUUUGUACAUAUGGAUGGCCGUCCGUUGACACAGUUCCAACUGUGGUCUGUGCCGAAAGUGGUACUUUCCUCCCUUGGGGAGUCAAUGCAGGAUUUUAGUCUGCACAAUUUUAGGAUAGGUGCAGCAACUACCGGCAGUCGUCUAGGCUUGCCAGAUGCUGCCGUUAGGCGGAUUGGGUGGUGGCGCUCAAAAGUAUUUCUGCGUUAUGUGCGCUAAGGCGCUGGUUCCCAGCGGCGGCUGGGUUGUUAUCCACGCUUCAGCGCUUAGAGCCAGCAGCUGCUGGUUUGUUCUAAUAUAUAUGUUCUCUUGGCAGGUGCUGGUGGGACAAUGUCUUCAGUGUGUGUCCUCAUUUGCAGCCACUCUUUGGUUUUCUGGGCCUUCAAAUGGGCCAGCACCUCCAAGUUCAGCACCCAGCUUGGGUUGGGCCAGCAAGUCUCAAUUUACUGGCUGGGGAUGCGUGGGAUGCUUUGGGACCAGUUACUCCCAGUGUUGGGUGAUUAUUUAGCUAGAAGAACCCCUUCUCAGGUUUUGGUGCUUCACUUGGGUGAAAACAACUUGAGUCAGUGAACGGUGCUGUCCAUCAUAAGGCAGGCCUCCUCGGAUUUUCUAACUUUAAAGUCAUGGAUGCCCGGGGUUCAUGUUAUAUGGGUGGAAUGGCUUCAGCACAGGGUUUGCAGCGCGGCUUGCAGUUUGCAGGGGGUCAAAAGGGCAAGGCGUAAAGCUUCUGCCACGAUUGGAAAGGCGGUGGUUGCAGCAGGCAGGGCGCAUAUACCGCAGCCGGGCCUUUGCUAUGCCCAGCCCCUGCUGUUUCAGCCUGAUGCCAUCCACUUAUCGGUUGAGGGGUAUGACAUUUAUUUGUCCAAUCUGAAGAAGGGGCUUGGCAUAGUGUUGGAGAGUCUUGGGGCUGGCAGGUUAAGCUAGGCUAACCUGCCUAGGUGGCAUAGCCUGCCUGGGUGGCAGGGACAGUGAGGGCUGGGUUAUCAAAAAAAGGGGAUUUAACAUCGGUAAGCACCCUUGGGCAGUUUUAAUCAGUUGAGUGGUCAAUCGCUCCCUUGUGGUUCUCACAGCCCAGGGAUGAUGGCCAUUAAACCAGCUUCAGGACUUCACAAAUCCUAGGGCUCAGCGGUCUGGGAGAUGCAAACCCCUGGAAGUGUCCAGACCCUUAGGGGUUGAUCGUGAAGGGAUAGAAGUGGGUUCUUACCUGCUUCUUUCCGGAGUGUUGCCCGUUUAGGCCUUGGGCUAGGACUGAGAAAUCUGAACCCGGUCUUUGUGAGGCCCGCACUGUCAAAAGGGGGGUGGAGUGUUCCCCUCUUUUGUCUGCUACUCAAGUUUCAAUUGGUUAAAUAAAGUUGUGGCCAAUAAAGUUACACCAA